GAUCCCAUUUCGUCGCUGUUGCUAUGAGCGAGGAAAACAGUCCGGAAGAAAGGCCCAAACACAACACGCUUUAUUUAUUGCCUUAUUGAAUACUACCGUACUAAUGCGGUUAAAUUUGAACAUUUAUGACAUAUAAUAUGUAGUCCUAUUAAUAUUUUCCAAUAGCGUGCUUCAAACGGCAUCCUUUAUCAUGGACGAAGGGGACGUGGAGACUCCGGAGGAGAUGUUACUCAAGCAGCAUCGUAAGGAGAAGAAGGAUCUUCAAGCAAAAAUCCAGAGCAUGAAAAACGCUGUUCCGAAAAAUGACAAGAAAAGGCGGAAGCAGAUGACUGAAGAGAUUGCCAAAAUGGAGGCCGAAUUGGAUCAGAAACACGACGAGGAGCUUCGUCGUCUUGAAUCUACAUCUGACUCAAAGGUAGCAGAGGCAGUGAAUGGUGUUGAAGCACUGACGGUUGAACAGCAGCCCCGCGUCACCAAAGCCCAGAAGAGAAGGGACAAGAAGGCCGCCCAGGAACGCGAGCGUGAGUGCAGAAUCGCCGAAGCAGAGGUGCAGAACCUGCAGGGCGAUCGUCACCUGGAGCGCGUCAAGCUAGCUGAGAAGCUCUCGCCACGAGGUCUUUGCAUCAAGGAGAUCUCCUCCGAUGGACAUUGCAUGUAUCGCGCUGUUCAGGACCAGCUGGAGAGACGAGACAAGUGCGAGUUUAGCGUGAAGGAGCUUCGGAGUCGCACUGCGGCGCACAUGCGGAGCCACGUUGACGACUUCCUUCCGUUCCUUAGCAACCCUGACACAGGCGAUACCUACACUGCAGAGGACUUUGAAAAAUACUGUAGCGAAGUGGAGCAUACAGCAGCAUGGGGCGGACAGCUGGAACUACAAGCACUGAGCAAGGUCCUCCAACUGCCCAUCGAAGUUAUCCAGGCAGAUUCGCCGAACAUUACCAUCGGCGAGGAACACGCCGAUGACGCCAUCACCCUAAUCUACAUGCGUCAUGCUUAUGGGCUGGGAGAGCACUACAACUCUGUGGAGGAACUUAAGGAGCAAGAAGAGAACUAAUGGACUGUAACAGUAUUGAGCUGAAAAAAUAUUUACAUUCUAAAAGCAUAUCAAAAGUUGAAUAAAGUAUGAAAAUAA